AUGGCACGCCAGCUUGAAUCACUCGUACGGAAUUCGCCCCAUCUACGCUACCGACCUCCAGUGGGCUCUUUGGAGUGCCCAAGCUAUGUGUGUGGUAUUUUUCUUGGUUCUCGGACUUUGAGUUUCUGGUGUUUCUACUUACUGAAAAAAAAAUUUGUUCGUAGCGACUUUUUGGUACAGAGUGAUGAUCAUAAGUUUGCAGGCUAUGCGUGGCGGCGGCUUUGUGAACUGUUUGUGAGCCAGUUGAGGAAUGCCUGGGAAGAGCCUGUAAAAAAUGGUGAGAAAAGUCUGGCCGGUUGUCCUCUUUCAACCUCCAGGCCUGGCGCUCAAAUAACACACGCACCGAUGAGCCCGCCCGGUAAAUUCUCUCGAUGCCCAAACCUCAAGGCCAUGCAGUCUACUCCGAUUCUCUUCAAUGGUCAAAUCGUCGACGUGCUCAGGUGCCGACAUACAAAAAAUGGGUGUAUCACAUUGUACGAAUAUCUUAUUUUGAGUCCCUAG